GUCGGUACAAUCGGUUGAAUGUAAAUAAAGGCUGUUUUUUCCUUUUUAACUGGUGUUGCUCGAUUUUCUUUCAACAUAAAAAUUAUUCUUUUACAUUAAAAGCGUUCAAAAGUGUUGUGGAUUCAACAAAACUGUAGAUAACUAUUGAUUCACGAACAGUGUCACAUUCAAGGUCAGAUCGUCUGUCGUUGGUGGCUGACAAGAGGAACAGCAACACCUAAACAUCUAAAUUGUCAAGUCAUCACACGAAAGGACGCGAAUGUUCAGGCAGGUUUUGUGCACUUUCCUAGCAUAAAUACACAUAUCAGCUUCCGCGCCUUGUUUAUUGAAUGCUGUGACGCAGUGGCGCGAAGUGAAACCCCUUGUGGAAGUGACUCAUCGGUAGUGAAACGAACUGUGCAUCUCGGUACAUAGCACAGAACAAUCGACCAAUCGACGCUCUCGACCACCAUCACGAUGGAGUUCCCGAAUUUGGGCAAACACUGCUCGGAGCAGUUCUGCAACAAGUUGGACUUUUUGCCGAUGAAGUGCGACGCCUGUGGUGCCAUAUUUUGCUCCGAUCACUUCAGCUACAAGGACCAUGCGUGCCCUUCAGCGUACAAAAAAGACGUGCAAGUUCCUAUCUGUCCCCUGUGCGGUGAUCCAGUUCCGACGCCCCGCGAUGUGUCGCCCGAUGUGACCGUGGGAGCGCACAUAGAUCGGUUCUGCAAAUCGGAUCGAAAGAAAAUAUACACCAACCGCUGCUCGUACCGCAACUGCAAGAAGAAGGAACUCAUCCCCGUGAACUGUAGCGUGUGUCGGUUAAACUUUUGCCUGAAGCAUCGUCACACGACGGACCAUGACUGUCAAGGACCAGCGGCGGGUCAACGGAAUCUCGUAGCAACGGCCGCCAUUCAGCGACAAACCGCUAAACCAGCUUCAUCUGGCGGACCAUUCGCAGCCUUUCGACCAAGCGUUAGCACCAGCAGCAGUGCGAUCAGAACACAUACCGCCAGUGCAAACGAACACAUUGCCAUUGUCCAGGGCGGAAUGUCGGAGGAUGAGGCCUUAGCCCGUGCGAUUGCGUUGUCCAUGCAGGAAGAGGAACAGCAGCAGGCCCAGUUGCGGCAAAGUCAGCAGGACCGUAAUUCCUCCAAUACCCCACGCCGAAUCGCCGUUGGCAAUGGCAGUGGAACCGGUGCCGCCAAAGAUAGGUGCAAUCUGUCGUGAGAUCGCUUCCGACUGCUGACCAUCAUUCCAUCACUCCAGCUCCACUUGGCCGAUGACAAUCAGACGUGCGGACUACCGAAACGGCGGACACCGUGGAAGAAUGUAAAAGACGAACAGUUUUUGCCGAUUGUGAUUUUGUUGUUAGUAUGGUGUUCGGUUUCGGAUGAGAUUUUUAAACGCACGCUCGUUUCGCUACCUUUCCGUCAGUUCUGCAGCACCACCAAAAUGAUGUUUUCCCGCGUUAAAUAGUGUUUCGUUCAAUACAGAAUACAAUUAUAUUUAUGCAUACUUCAAA